CUAACAGCCUUUCCGCUCAUGUAAAGAUCCAACUCCAAGAAUUUUCAUUGCCCUGCUACUCCCCCCUCGCCACACCCCCACCCCACCGAAUCCUGUUUCCAUUCCAAUCUCCAAAAUCAGACAGAUUUAUUCUGCCAGCGACCAUUUGUCCCCUUUUAGAAUUGCGAAACCUGAAUGGUUUUGAUUCAAAGGCGAAAUCCAAUGCUUUGCUUAUGUGUGCGUUAGGGCGAGGGCGAGAGACUAGAAUGAUCGGAUUUCCUUGUGCCGUUUCUCCUGGUAUUUAACGGACGUCGGUGUUCCUUUUGCUCUCACACCCCACCCCCCCCCUCCAGUUUAAAAAAAAUACCCCGUGCCUCCAAUUCCGCUGGUAGUUUGAGCACACUCUGGACUUUGGUGCGCGGCGCGGUCCAAAGUUCACCGUUUUGACUAGGUGCGGAGCGAUAAAUAGAGGCGGAUUAAAGGUGGCAGGUUCAAAUGUAAACACAACGAGCCGGAGUUCACAUGGUGCCGGCUCCUCCAACGCGCUCUGCUGCACUCCGUGGCGAUUUGCAUAUCGCUAAGACCUUUUUUUUUACCCUCCCACAACCAGCAACCACCACCACCAACACACACACACACACACACCCCCAGUGCUACACACUUCCGUCUAUUUGCAUAUUCUUAUAAUCUCUUCUCAAAGAAAGAUCAUGGCAGUUUAGACAGCCUGCGGGAAACCGAUGGUCCAUUCUCUCUCCUUAAAUAAUUUUUUUGUGUGUUUCGCAAGGCAGAGGAUCCGAUUGGUCUGUUUGUCUCUCUGUCCGUCUGUAUAUAUUCUCUUACACACACACACACAUACACACAAAAAAAGCCCCUUUGAUUUAUUUGGAACAUGGUGUCCAAAUUGACAUCUCUCCAGCAGGAGCUGCUCAGCGCUUUACUAAGCUCCGGACUUUCCAAAGAUGUCCUGAUCCAGGCGCUGGAAGACCUGGAGCCCUCUCGCAACUUCGAGGUGAAACUGGAGAAUCUGCCCGUGUCCCCGCUCAAGAUGAACGGCUCGGCGGCGGCGGAGGGCAAAGCCGUCUUCCACAGCCUGACCAACGGCCACAGCAAAGGCAAACUGUCCGGGGACGAAGCCUCAGAAGACGGCGAUGAUUACGACACCCCGCCGAUCCUCAAGGAGCUGGAGUCCCUGAACACCGAGGAAGGAGCCGAGCAAAGGGCUGAGGUGGACAGGAUGCUCAGGGAGGACCCAUGGCGAGCAGCGAAGAUGAUCAAAGGUUACAUGCAGCAGCAUAACAUUCCGCAAAGGGAAGUGGUGGAUGUGACAGGUCUCAAUCAAUCUCACCUCUCACAACAUCUCAACAAGGGAACCCCAAUGAAAAAUCAGAAACGGGCUGCUCUCUACACCUGGUAUAUUAGGAAACAACAAGAGAUUCAGAGACAAUUCAACCAGACUAUCCAGAAUACUGGAAACAAUAUGACAGACAAAAGCAGGCCAGAUCAGCUGCUGUUUCUCUUUCCAGAGUUCAAUCAGCAAGACCAGGGGCAGGGCUCGGAGGUGGGCACUGAGCCUGCUAACAAGAAGAUGCGUCGCAACAGGUUUAAAUGGGGACCAGCAUCUCAGCAAAUAUUGUACCAGGCUUAUGAGAGACAGAAGAACCCCAGCAAGGAGGAGCGGGAGGCACUGGUGGAGGAGUGCAACAGAGCUGAAUGCAUACAACGUGGGGUCUCGCCUUCUAAAGCACAUGGACUGGGAUCAAAUCUGGUUACAGAAGUCAGAGUGUAUAACUGGUUUGCUAAUCGAAGGAAGGAGGAAGCUUUCCGUCAGAAACUUGCCAUGGAUGCAUACAACGUUCAGUCACACAGCAUCAACCCAUUGCUGUCUCACAGUUCUCCACAUCACCCACAGCCGAACUCAUCCCCCUCAAGUAAGCACGGCCACUCGCUGCCCGGCAUCUUCCUUCAUGAAGGAAGUCAAGGUUCUCCUGGCUAUGAACAUCUCCACAACCAUCAGUGCCCCAACAUGGCCAGCUGGCAGGAGGUGCUACUCAGUCAGGGAGGCGUGCGAUAUGGCCAGCAAGGGACCAGUGAAGUCUCCUCUUCCACAGCAAUCAGCCACCAUGGUAACAGCGCCAUGGUAACAAGCCAAACAGUUUUACAGCAAGUCUCGCCAGCAAACCUGGACCCAAGCCACAGUCUGCUGUCACCUGAUGGCAAGAUGAUCACUGCUACAGGUGGACCUCUGCCUCCGGUCAGCACGUUGACAAAUAUUCACAGCUUGUCACAACCUCCACAUCACAAUCACCAACAAACACAGAAUCUCAUCAUCAACCCCCUCUCUGGAGUCAUGGCGAUAGCACAAAGUAUAAGCACAUCCCAGGGGCAGAGUGUUCCUGUUAUAAACAGCGUGACAGCAGGUAGCCUGGCAGCUCUACAACCUGUGCAGUUUUCACAGCAACUUCACAGUCCGCAUCAGCAGCCAAUCAUGCAGCAGUCUCAGAGUCACAUGUCACAGCAACCGUUCAUGGCCACAGUGACCCAGCUGCAGAACUCUCACAUGUACACACACAAGCCAGAUCCUCCCCAGUAUUCCCACACUACACGCUUUCCAUCGGCCAUGGUUGUCGCGGAUACGGGCAGCAUCAGUGCACUAGCGAGCAUGUCCUCCAGCAAGCAGGUAUUGAAAGGGCAAACAGUGACAGAUUAUCUCCACUGGUUGGUGAAUCGGUAACUAAAGGAAAUAAACUCAGGAUUAUUACCAGAAGAACCAAGUGUCCUCUUCAAGCCUGGUGAUGCUCCAUUCAUCUCCUCUCUUCUAAUCCCAGGAUAACAGCAUUAAGAAGGAAAACAAAAUGGCUGCCAAAAACCACCUUUCUGGUAUCCAGAGGUUUCCAUAGAAAACCUCGCUGAGCCAGCCAGUACACAGAACAAUUCUAUGGAGCUGUCCGAGGCUGGCCUCCUCUGCAGCUAAAUUCUUUAGCAGACUGACAGAGAACACAUUGCAAAAGGGAAAACCUGGCCCAAACUUUACCUUGAAAUUCCUGCUGGAACAGUAUUUUCCUAUUCACCACACAUGUCUUGUCUCAGAUUGUGCUCUGGCUUGCACAGGCCUCACACGAGAACAAAAAUAGCAAAAGAAUUUUAAAGAAUUGGGGUUUGUUUUAGGAACUCACUUGAGCAGCAAAUUCUAUUUGUUUCCAGAAAAUUUACAACCAAAGCAAAUCUCCUUUUUAUCUGUUACUGGAAGUUUGAAGCAAAAACACUUUGUACAAUUUAACCAAAUUUGAACUGUGAAUGUUAAAUGAAGGCAGAUUAUAGUUAAAUUCUAAAGAAGGGACAGCCUAGAAAAUGAAAAUAAAAAUCUUGAUUGACCUGAUUAAGUGCAAUUCCUGGGAUGAGCAACAUCUCCAAUGAAUGCAUAGUCUGCAAGUGAAAUUGCCAAAUGGGAACUAGGUGCUGAACAAACACGAGGAAGGAAACAGAGUUACCCCAGUUGGUAUCCAGGGAUUUUGAAAGAUUUUAAAGUGAAUAUCCCCCUUUGAAGCUGGAACAAAAUCUGGUUGGUAUUCCUUGGAGCACACCACUGCCCCAUAAUGACGGAAGUGAUUUUACAGGAGAAACAGAUUGAAUUCAGUCAACGCGAACUUCAUAUGUUGAAAAGGGGCACACCUUUGCUAAAAAGGUAAUGACAUGGGGAUUUGCAAUAAAAGCAAUUAUUGUGGAGAUUCGAUCAACAUUCCAAAGCUUUGUAGUCUUGAUCAUUCCAGAUUACAUCCACCAAUUUGGGGCUACUGUUAAAUAUUGAUAUUUCUGGAAGAAAAGGGUGGAAAUAAUUAAGGUGUCUGGUGGAAGGUUAUGGAUUAGUUAGCUGGAAACCAGCCCAUUCAAUAUAUGGUAUCCAGUACUUCCUGCACUGGUUUCAUAUUCACUCAUGACUGG